UCGCCAUUCCUUUCCUUAUUCGCCGCGUCGUACCUUUAAUUGUACGCAACAGCAGUUUUAUAGCUGAAAGUUUGGACUGACGCGUUAAAUCAUGUUUUUAAAGGUCGUCGCCCCAAUCCUGGCCUUUGUCUUGGUUGUGGGGAGUGCCACCUUUCUCCCCGGCGGUGUGUCGCCCGCGGACAUCAGUUCGCCGUCCGUUAAAAAUGCUCUAGAUUUCGCAGUCGCGCAGCAUAAUAAGGCGAGCAACGACGUCUACCUGAGUACAGUGUCGAAGGUGAUCAGCGCCAAACAGCAGGUUGUUUCAGGCAUGAAGUACUACUUUACUAUUGAUAUGGUCAGGACAUCUUGCAAAAAGAGGAGGACUGAGGUGUGUGCAGACAAACCUGGCCCCACAGUUGAACAGCCCAAACAGUGUGAACUAGUCGUCUGGAGUCAGCCUUGGACUGACACCAUCAAGCUUCUUAAGAAUAGCUGCAAUUAGAGGUCAUAUGAUCCAGAAACAGAUUUGUUGGGCGUUUUCCACAUAAUCAUCAUUCUUUAUAAAAGAGAGCUUAACUGUUCAAUUGAUAAUAUAAUCUUUGUAUAAGCAUAUUUGAGUUUCAUCUUAAUUGAUUAGAUUAACAAUUCUUGGUUUCAUUGUGUCAACAAAUAACAUGAGACAAUAAAAAUGCUUUUACUAACACUAGCUCCAUAAUCUUUGUUUAAAACAGUUUUUGUAUUGUUCAACAUGGAAUUUCUGACAGUAAUAAGUUUUUGCAGCAGUUUGGGUUACUAUUAAAAGUUUGCUGAAAAGAUAUUGUGUAUUUUUGGUAGGGGUUUUAGGAUGGAACUUUUAUUCCUGUUAUGCGGCAGACGCGUACACAAAUAAUACAAAAUGUCCAAAUGGUAUACAAUAAAAAGGAACACUGUAUGGAAAUGGAAUAAAAGGUAGUUUUCUCUACCAGA